CCACCCCGGGCUCUCCUGGCUGGCCUGAGCUCUCCACUCUCCUUGGCACCAAACUGGAGAUCCAGGAUGCCCUCUAAGCCGCACCAGGCCGCACCUGCCUGGUAUACACAUAUACAACUCCAUCAAGCUUUGAAAAAGGACUAGACUGCUACUGUCACUGGGCGGGGCACGAGGCCACACCCCCGGACCGCCCAGGAGAGCACCAGGGGUGCGAGGCCCUCAGGCAGCUCUCUCUGGUGAACCGAGCUGUUUGGACCAUGGCCGCUGCACAGCCCCGGCUUCCCGCGGGGGCGGCCAUGGUCUGGCGCUUGGCCCGGGGCUGCUGGUCUGCGUUCUGGGACUACGAGACGCCCAAGUUGAUCGUGGUGCGGAACCGGCGCCUGGGGUUCGUGCACCGCAUGGUGCAGCUGCUCAUCCUGCUUUACUUCGUGUGGUACGUGUUCAUCGUGCAGAAAAGCUACCAGGAUAGCGAGACGGGUCCGGAGAGCUCCAUCAUCACCAAAGUCAAGGGGAUCACCAUAUCGGAGCACAAAGUGUGGGACGUUGAGGAAUACGUAAAGCCCCCGGAGGGGGGCAGUGUGGUCAGCAUCAUCACCAGGAUGGAGGUCACCCCUUCCCAGACCCCGGGAAUAUGCCCAGAGAGCAUGAGAGUUCACAGUUCCACCUGCCAUUCAGAUGACGACUGUGUUGCUGGGCAGCUGGACAUGCAAGGCAAUGGGAUUCGGACAGGGCGCUGUGUACCCUAUUACCAUGGGGACUACAAGACCUGCGAGGUGUCAGCCUGGUGCCCGGUUGAGGAUGGAACUUCUGACAACCAAUUUCUGGGUAAAAUGGCACCAAAUUUCACCAUCCUCAUCAAGAACAACAUCCACUACCCCAAGUUCAAGUUCUCCAAGGGCAACAUUGCAAGUCAGAAGAAUGACUACCUGAAACACUGCACGUUUGAUCAGGACUCUGACCCGUACUGUCCCAUCUUCAGGCUAGGCUUCAUUGUAGAGCAGGCAGGGGAGAACUUCACAGAACUGGCACACAAGGGUGGUGUUAUUGGAGUCAUCAUCAACUGGGACUGUGACCUGGACUUAUCUGAAUCAGAGUGCAACCCCAAAUACUCUUUCCGGAGGCUUGACCCCAAGUCUGAGUCUGCCUCCUCAGGCUAUAACUUCAGGUUUGCCAAGUAUUACAAGAUAAAUACCACCACCACCACUCGAACUCUCAUCAAAGCCUAUGGGAUUCGAAUUGAUGUUAUCGUGCAUGGGCAGGCAGGGAAAUUCAGUCUCAUUCCUACCAUCAUCAAUCUGGCCACUGCUCUGACCUCCAUUGGGGUGGGCUCCUUUCUGUGUGACUGGAUUUUGUUAACAUUCAUGAACAAGAACAAGCUCUAUAGCCAUAAGAAGUUCGACAAGGUGCGUACUCCAAGUCAUACCUCAAGUAGCUGGCCUGUGACCCUUGCCCUUAUCUUGGGUCAGGUCCCUCCCCCACCUAGUCACUACUCCCAGGAUCCAUCAGGUGGAGGGUCAACUUUUGGAGAAGGGGCAGAGCUACCGCUGGCUGUUCAGCCUCCUGGGCCUUGUUCCAUCUCUGCUCUGACUGAGCAGGUGGUGGACACCCUUGACCAGCACCUGGGACAAAGGCUUCCUGUCCCUGAGCCUUCCCAACAGGAUUCCACAUCCACAGACCCCAAAGGUUUGGCUCAACUCUGAUCUCAUCUUCACACCUGGAUCUGGGAGGGCAGAGACAGCCUCAGCUGCUUUGGCAGCCCUAGUGAGGAUCUGUACUCUGCAGUAGCCAAGCCAUGUCCAUGUGACUGAGAAACGACAUACCUGUGCAAGAGGACAGAACCUUGUUCUGGUUCAGGCUUACACUCUUCCACUUCCUAAGGCUUAUGGGAAGAACUGGGUUCCUUCCAUCUCCUUUCCCAACCAAAUUCCUCAUAGAACCCCUUAUCCCUUCCCUGACCAUACUUUUGCACAGCCUUCUGGGACCCAAAAUCAGAGCUAAGUCCUCUUGUUUUGUAAUUCUAAGCCCUCCUUUAGAAGUCAUAGCACGAUGAGCCCAAUAAAAAUGAUGAGAGCUUU